AUGGGACUAUAUGAGUCCGACUUCAUCGCUAUCGUUCGGCGGCACCCUAUAGUUAUUGGCUCCAACAGCGAGAACGCGCUUCUCCCCCGAUUUAAGGUUUGGGAAAGUUUAUUGGGAUCGAAGGAGAUCCUUCUCAAGCAUCUCCGGAGGUGUGGAUGGUUUUUUAGCAGCAACAUUGAGAAUGUAGUGCGCCCCAACAUUAACUUCUUACGGGAUGAGUGUGGUAUUCCUGAAGACCGGGUUUCUCUUGUCAUUAAAAGGCAACCCAGCUUCAUCGCCCAGAACCCAGAUGCCCUCCGGGCUCUGGUAGAUAGAACUGACGGGCUUGGAGUUCCCCGAGAAUCUAGGAUGUUCCUCUGGGUCCUCAGUGCGCUGCACAAGGUCAGCUGGGAAAAAUUUGAGGCCCAUGUCAAGCUCAUGAACAGAUUUGGUUGGUCGAACUCAGAAUUCAUUGCUGCAAUCCAGAAAUGUCCAACAUUUUUAUGGUUUUCCACUGAGGCAUUACGGCGAAAGAUGGAAUUUUUCAUCAAGAUUGUUGGAAGCACACCUUCAGACAUUGCUAAGCAUCCAGGGGCUUUAGAAUUGAGUUUGGAAAAGAGGUUAAUUCCUCGAUUUCAUGUGAUGGAGAUAUUGAAAUCUGAAGGGUUAUGGACUUCACGAGACAAGCUACAUAUAUUUUUCUCAUUGUCUGGUCCAAUUUUUUUGCAGAAGUAUGUGCUCCCUUACAAAGAUAAAUUACCCAAACUGCUUGAAGUCUUGUCAAUUGUACAUGAGUUCAAAGAGAACAAUCCAGACUGCUAA